GACGGAUCGGAAAUAUUGUUUAUUGGUAUCGGUCGAAUCAGUUACAUUUUGGCGAGUGGCGUCACGAAAGCAUCGAUCAAUUUGACCUGUGGUACUGACUCGAGUUGGUACCUUUCGAAGAAUAAAGACAUGCUGAUCAACACUCUAUCUUGCUUAUCGCUUAUUCAAACAAUCCCAACCACCACAAAACAACAAACACCAAUCCCAAGUCCAUCAGUAUCGUGCAAGGAUUGUCCGAAUCUGCGAGCGUUACACCUUACAAAUUUGAAAACUGGCAUAACGAACGGUAAUCUGGUGAUUGAUCAUGAUACUACAUCAACUGGAUGUCGUUGUGUGGAUAUACAUUGCAGUGCUUUCGGGACGAGCAGCGAACAAGCAGCGAUCGUGUUCGAUGGUGAUGUCUCGAGUCCAUUCGCGAUUGCUACAAAUUCAAUCCAAUCAUCGCUUUGUUGCAACAAGCACUCUCAGUGGACUCAUGUCGACAAAACGCUGCUGAUCGUUAACGUUUCGUGCAUUCUUCUGCCUGCCAAAAACACCACUGAGAACGUGACAACAACUAAGGCAACACCAGUUACUACAACGGCUCAUCCUAUCUCACCUUCGCCUCCAACAGCGAGCUGUACCACUUGCUCAGCGCUGAAAGUUGCGCAAGUCAACAAUUCAAUGCAAACCAACGGUAUGAUCGUGAUGGACCGUACAAAAGUCAACGAAUGCAUCGUACUGCAACUGAGUUGUUCGUCGGGCAGUACUACAGCACCGAUUGAUAUUACUGAACCGGGCGGUACACCGUUGGUCGUUGGAGUAGGUGUGGUGAAUACCACAUUUUUUUGCAGUCAUCAAGGUCAAUGGUUGACUCUCACAGGAAAACCGGUCAAGACGGUUCUUUGUGUGAUCCCGAAAGGUAUCAGUACUUAUGCCUUCGUUCAGAAGCCUUUUAGUUCAGUCCAAAUAUUGCUGAGGGAUUAA